AUGCGCGAUGAUGUGACUCUUCAAGAUCUUAUUCAACACUCGUCACUGUAUGUUACAGGAGGCUGUUCUACUGAAACAGCGCUGGCAAUCAUUAGAAGGCUGACACCAUUCGAGCAACAAGAGCUUCAGACCAGAAGAGCAUACCUAUCCCGCAUUGUCUCCCUCAAUCUCACAGCCUUGGGCCUUAAGCACGCGCAUACCUACGUAGGCAACUGCACUUCACUGGCCUUUCUCUAUCUUCCGCACAACGAGCUCUACGACAUCUGGAAAAUUGCUUUAACGCCAUCAAUCCUUCGGCUAGACCUUCGGUUCAACAAACUCGACAACCUGGGAAAUUAUCAUUAUUGGAGCCUUGCUUCACAGCUACGCUCCCUCCAUCUGGACCAUAACAACCUUUCUCUAGCUGCAUUUGAGGCCCUUUCCCCACUUUCAAACUUGGUUAUUUUAACAUGCACCAACAACCCAGCGCUUGAAAACCCACAUUUUCGUCACUACAUCGUAAAUCUUCUCCCGUCACUCCAGUUUCUAAAUGGCUCCGUGAUUUCACUCGCCGAGCGGAUUUCGUAUCUAAAUCUGAGCGAUAGCUUAUUGCAGGGGCUUUCUCUCAACAUCAAAUACAUGGAAUCUUGUCCGUCUCUGUCAUCUCUUGAUGCUUCAUCUCUGGGGCACCUAAAGGAUUGCUACGCCCGUUACUGUGGGAUCAUCUAUGAUUCGGAAAAGCCUAUCAAGGACCUUGUCGACCCAUUUGCAUUUGAUGCCUAUAAUGUUGAGGUCUUUCGUGAUGACUUGCGAGCUAUUGCUUCUGUGUACCAACGUAUGUGUCCGAUUGUGACUCUGCAACGCAUCUGUAAAGGGUUUGUUGUACGAGCCAGAUGCAAGACGAUAAUGUGCCACAGAUCCCAUGCAGCCACAACAAUUCAGGCCUUUUAUCGCAUGUUCAAGGUCUAUGCACACUAUUCAUCGGAAAUAAAGUUGCGUGUUUUGGCUGUCAAACGUGCUACGCUAACCAUACAACGAACGUAUAGAUGCAUGGCAGACAGAUGGAAUAUGGAGCAGAAGGACAGGGAAGAAUCUCACCGUGAGCGUGCCGCUACGCUGAUUGCUCGCGCCUAUCGUCAAAUGGCAAGUCUGCAAUCGCAAUGUCAUUCAUUAAGUGACGCGUCUCGACGUAAUGAUGAACUCAGGAGUCUCCGACUGUACGUCGCAAGAGCAGGAGAUAAAUAUUCUAAUCUGAUAGCCAUUUUCGAGCAACUUAUUCAAAUCAUCCUUUCGGAACUACAAAUAAGCAUUUUUGCUUACCCAGACGCCCGUCCAGAAGAGCUCUCUCUUUAUACUCAUCACAAGGCAGGUGCAUUUUCUGCUACGCCUACAGAUUAUCAGCUUCUCAAGGCAGUGCCUUCGACUUCCAUGAGAGCUGGAGAAGUCUUUGAUAUGUGCAUCAAGAAACGUAACUUUAAAACAUUUGCAGCUGCAUACUCAAUCAUUGCUAGUAGUCCAUAUGAAGCACCAAAAGACAUUCUUCACAGCAAGGCCUUGGCCCGUGCAACUAGCUUUGCGACAAAGGAUUUACACAACAGCCUCUAUCAGCGUGUUAUGAGGAGCUUGGAGUCGGUCAGCCUCCCGGAGAGCACCCAGAAAGCCCAUUGGGAUGCUGCCGAUGGCACAGAUAUGCCAUUCAUCUUACAACUCGACUUUAACCUGUAUUGUAUCUCUAGUCUCUUUAGAUAUCUCUUGUCGGAAUUUCAACUCAUCUCUUUUGCAAGCUUUUAUCCAGAGGACAUGAUCAGUGAUGUUGAAAGGUCUAUUACCGUUGGGAAAACAAUAGCGACAAAGCACUUAUCUCAUAGCCUUUACCAGGAGUUGAUUUCUCUUGUCACCGCAGGCUGUUUCUCUAACAGUAUCAGCAUUCCUUCAUACAGAAAGCGUGCGAAAGAAAAGCGAUCAGUCAUACUGCUGCUAACAGAGCACACAUUGGUACAGACAAGUGCCGCCUGCAGUAUUCAAUCCCUCUUUAGAAUGUGGCGCAGUAACAUGAUACUUACGCCGCUAGAGUUGUUCGGCUACCAUGUCGAAGAGUACAGUGUGAGUCCUGAACAUAGGAACACGCUGACAGACCAAUCUAGACGUGACUCAGCUCUUGCCAACGCUAGUGCUAACUUAAUUGCUGCAUUAAAUCCACGGCAGUCAACCAAUGUGAUCCCCCGAUCUACCUCUCGUUUAUCGGUAUUUACAUCUGCUCCAUCCGUCGACGAUUGGAAAGCACGACUCAACGAGCAUGAUGACGGGCUUAGAUCUUCUUCUAGUACCGUUAAUACUUCUGUCUUAUCUGAGCCACUAGUUAAUUUGCAGAAUACCAGGGACUCUGACUACGGGAAGUCCUCGGAUUGUUAUUUGCCAGAUGACAAGACUACCGUCUCAAAGACUACACUGUAUCAAAGUGACUCAGUAUCUAUCCUACCUCAACACACAAUUCCACCGAAAAGCGUAGAUUCAGAGCAGGGUAUGUACUCUGGCACACCACUUUGUAUGCAUUCCUAUCCAAUUAUCCGCCUAGCUAUUCGAGUAUCAAGAGCGGCUCAGAUCAUUCAGCGGAACUUCCGGCGUAUCUUGGCCAGGAUGAGACUUUUAGUAACGCUAAAGGCCCGAACUGUCUUUGUAGAUAUUGUUAAAAAUGGUUUCUUUUUGAUUUCCCAGACAGUCGCUGGUCAUCUAUUUGACAACUGCUUAUUGAACCCGCAAUCUACACGCAAGCUUCCUCACGUGACUUCCUAUUUGGGAGAACAUUCUUAUAUCACUCUUUUACCGCCUCUAUCAGAAAAAUUUAAGCAACACAUCCAACAACUGGACACUUCACACUAUAGUGAUUCGUCUAGCAGGCCGAAAACAAAUAGUAAGGAAGAACUAGCAGCUCAAAAGCAAAAGCGUGCCAAGGCGUUAGCUGAAGCCUGCGACUGGUCUCUUAGCACUGACUGGGUCUUCAGAGGUUACUACGGCUCUGAUAUCGUUACCGCUAUAGGCUUUGAAUACCAGCUUGACGCGGCCUCUUCACACCUCUUCACGAAGGACCUCGAGACUCUCAACCGCAGACCAAAAAGUAAGCUAGAAAGACGAUCAACCCAAUUAAACAUGAAUGUACUGCAGAACCUGAAUUAUAAUCGCAUUUUCGGCCAUCCGUUUUUAAAGCAGUGGGGGGCCGUUGAAGUCUAUUCGAGUAGGUGUUACAUCAAUUCUGUCCUUUCUGCCAAUAGUCUUUAUUGUCACUACCUACGGUCCUUUCCUCAGGAUAGUCAGAAAGGAGUUGUUCAAGGUAUGCAAGGAACUGGUGACAGGGAGCAACUUUAUAACCAAUCGGACUUCAACUUCUUUGCCCUCCCUAUGGUAGCUGGAGAAUCAAAGAAAGCCUCUCAAUCGAUUUCUGCACAAAUAAUUUGCGGCUUGCGGUCGAUUUCCUCUCUCGCAGUAGGGAUUAACGGUGACGACACUGAAAAUCGGUUUGAAAUGAUAUUAGACUGUGAUCCGUUUCGCACUUUCUGUAGUGACAGCAGACUCUCUUACUUCCCGCAUAAAGAGCAUGAUGAGGCAAUGCUAGAAGAUGUAACGCCAUAUAUACGCUACAACAUGAAGGCGACUAUACUCAGCAAUCUUCGCAUAAUCAAAGAAGGCCUUGUAUUCUCGCUUCCAUCUAAGGAGCUAUUUUCUACGACUCUAUUUGAUGAUUUUCAGUACGUUACUGGCGGAUUAUAUUGUGUCACACAUAGACCUGGUUGCAGCAUACCAGACCUUGCAUUUAAGGCCGCACUUUUGGAGAUAUGGUUCUGCGAUCCAUUCAGAUACAACUAUAGUACAGUAUCUCUAUCUUCUAUGUGUAGAACCUUCCUUGGCAGCCCCGGAAUUAUAUUGACACCCAAUUCUGUAAUCAUGACACUGGCUACACUAUCGAUUCAACGAGUUAUGCGUGGCCAUCUUGUCAGAAAGCAAUUAAAUAUAAUUAGAAACGUGCAUGCACUGGUAAAGCUACAAGAUUAUGUAGAUGCUCCGGUUCGAAACGCUUUUCGUGAAAAGUACGCUGUACAGAUGAUUAAGUCCAUCGUGGAGCCCCCCAAAAAGCCACUUAGCGUCCUACAACUGGGAAGUUUCUGCAGGCAGCCUGCCCACACUCUGUCGACGUCUGCCCUACCCCCAACUCCACGCAAAUUAACGCCCAGAAACACCGACUCCAGCAUGACAUACCUUCAGCCAGCGCAAAUUAAGACUAAGCCCAGGUUUUCCUAUAAUACCGUAGAAAUUGUUCGAGAGGGGCAGCGGGCUGGUGUAUUACCGCUUGUCCUCAAGUCUAACAUACAUCCAAUAGAUGUGCGUACAGAUAUAGACUCGAAAACAUACUCCUUGGAUGCUUUGGAUGCCUAUGCAAAGACAGGAGCAAAUCCAGCCUCUAACGAGACCCGCUUAAUAGAGGCCUUUUACAAAGCCUCUAGGGAGCUUGGACAGACUAUGAACACGCGGACCAACAGAAUAGUUGUUGCUGGGAUCCGGGAAGCUACGCUCAUUGAUCCGCGUCCCGCGGAAAACAUCCAGAAAGCAACACUUUUGCUCAAUGAGUUGAAGGAUUUAACAACCAAGCAACCUAUUCCUAUGCCUGUCCAUGAUAGGCUACGUCUGCAGGAUUAUUACAGAAACAAGAUCAUGCUUCCUAUGGAGCUGCACCGAUUUGUGGCUCAGCAUACGGUGAAAGGUGGAUACAAUGACCAUAGAUCCUCUAGAAAAUCUACUGCAUCGUCUGUACAUCGUGAUAUUGAGUCUACGUCGAGCAAUUCUUCAGUGGUUCUAGGAGGAACUUUGAAGGAAUUGACAGCGUUGAACAGAGAGGUGGAGCGUUUUAGCCUGGAAGAAGACCGACUUACUGAACUUCGCAACGACUAUAGUUUUUCUGAUACCGAAGACGACAAUCUUGCAUGCACAGAUCACUGUUCGUCGUCCAACAACCAAUUCGGGCGUCUUCAUACCCAGUUCACAGAGGCGGAAGAACUUGCCAUUCAAACACAAUUACGCAGAACCAUUUUGGAGAAGGAUACUUCAGCUGCAAAAGAGCAUUGUGCUCAGCAUAAAAUUGCGCUAGCUAAGGAGGUGAGUGCUUAUUCUUCCAAACUUAGGGAAGAGGCAGAGGUUCGUCGCACCUAUAAGCACGCAGAACAGAUGAACCUACGAGCAAAGGUGCAUAAUUCUAAAGCAAUUGCAAAAUGUGGCACUGUUGGAAAGCACUUAGCUGGAGACUUGAUUGCACGUAUGAGAAAGCUAGACUCCGUCUUACGCUCAGAUUGUGCUAGCUGCAGGAAAAUCCUUGAUAAUUAG